UUCUGUUGGAGUUUGCAUUGCCGGAAAUGGGAAGCCCGGGAAGCUCGGGGCAUUGGCCUCGAGUGGUUUGUGCUAUGGCGUUUUGUCUCAUUGCCACUUGUGUCGCUGCCUCUAAACCCUAUAUUUAUGCUUCGCCUCCUCCACCCCACCACCCUAAACACUACUCGCCGCCAUCAUACAAGUCUCCUCCGCCAAAGCAUGCAAAUUACCCACCGUAUUAUUACAAGUCACCACCCCCUCCAAAGUACUCUUCUCCGCCAUCUUACCACUACAAGUCACCGCCGCCUCCACCAAAGCAUGUAAGGCAUCCACCAUAUCAUUACAAAUCACCGCCACCACCAAAGCAUUCUCCUCCACGGCAUUACCACUACAAGUCUCCACCACCACCACCAAAACAUUUAGAACAUCCUCCUUAUCAUUACAAGUCACCACCACCACCAAAGCAUGUAGAACAUCCACCUUAUCAUUACAAGUCACCACCACCACCACCACCAAAGCAUGUAGAACAUCCUCCUUAUCAUUACAAGUCACCACCACCACCACCACCACCAAAGCAUGUAAAACAUCCACCUUAUCAUUACAAGUCACCACCACCCCCACCACCAAAGCAUGUAGAACAUCCACAUUAUCAUUACAAGUCACCACCACCACCACCAAAGCAUGUAGAACAUCCUCCUUAUCAUUACAAGUCACCACCCCCACCAAAGCAUUCUCCUCCACCACCUUACUAUUAUAAGUCACCACCACCGCCAAAGCAUUCUCCACCUCCUCCAUACUACUAUAAAUCACCGCCACCUCCCUCACCCUCUCCCCCACCCCCUUACUACUACAAAUCGCCACCUCCACCAUCACCAUCGCCACCUCCUCCAUAUGUUUACAAGUCCCCACCUCCACCAUCUCCGUCCCCACCCCCUCCUUACUACUACAAAUCACCACCUCCACCCGUAAAGUCACCACCUCCUCCAUACUAUUAUAAGUCACCACCACCACCAUCACCAUCACUUCCCCCUCCCUAUUACUACAAGUCUCCUCCACCCCCAACUCACAAGUCACACCCUCAUCCUCCAUACCACUACAAGUCCCCUCCACCCCCAACUCACAAGCAACACCCUCAUCCACCAUAUUAUUAUAAGUCGCCACCUCCACCUUCACCCUCUCCACCUCCAACAUACUACUACAAAUCUCCCCCACCUCCAAAACACUACUAAGCCUCCAUUCACAACUUCAAUCUGCAUGAAUUGUCUGUGCAAGAAUAACUAGCUAGCUUCCUUUGGAAGCUGAGUUUGAAGACAUUUUUAUUAUUGUUUCCGUUAUUAAUCAAAUGUAUUCGUGAAUAAAUUAGGGCUCAAAAUGGAGGCCUCUGGUUAACUUGUCUGUAUGGAGCAUUCAAUGCAUCAUUUCUUGUAAGCUGUAAAAGCCCGGAAUUCAAUUUUUAAGAAGAGCCUUAUUGCCUUUUUUUUUUUUGGGACUA